AUGGCAACUGACACCAAGUUUGAGGGAUGGCUCGGAAAGGACAAGGAUAGCGUCCAGGGAAAGAUGGAAUGGGGCCAGUUCGAACCAAAGAAGUGGACAGAGGACGACGUCGACAUUGAGAUUUCUCACUGCGGUAUCUGCGGGUCAGAUCUACACAUGCUGAGCUCUGGAUGGGGACCUACACCAUACCCCUGUGUCGUCGGCCACGAGAUCAUCGGCAAAGCCGUCAAGGUCGGUUCAAAUGUCAAGCACGUCAAGCAAGGUGACCGUGUCGGUGUUGGCGCGCAAGCACGUUCUUGCCUACAGCCAGACUGCCCAGACUGCUCCAACGGCAUUGAAAACCACUGCCACAGGGGUACCGUCAACACCUACGGCAGCGUCUAUCCCGGCGACGAGGGAAAGAGCUACGGAGGAUAUGCUACACACAACCGUACGAACGGGCAUUUUGUCAUGAAUAUCCCUGAUGGCUUAGAUAGCGCCGAUGCUGCACCUAUGCUAUGUGGAGGUAUUACCGUCUACUCUCCAUUGAAGCGAUACGGUUGCGGACCCGGCAAGACCGUAGGAAUUGUCGGUGUCGGCGGUCUAGGUCAUUUCGGUGUCCUCUUUGCCAAAGCCCUCGGCGCAGACAAGGUCGUUGGUAUCAGUCGGAAAGCUGAGAAGCGCGACGACGUUCUUAAGCUCGGUGCUGAUCUUUACAUUUCCACCGACGAAGACAAGGACUGGGCUAAGCACAACGCACAGAGUCUCGACCUGAUCAUCUGCACCGUUUCCAGCGCAAAGAUGCCUCUAGAUGGUUAUCUCGGCCUGCUCAAGACCCAUGGUACUUUCAUCCAAGUCGGAGCUCCGGAUGGUGGGGAACUGCCUCCUAUUAACGCCUUCACCCUGCUUUCUGGUGGCUUGAAGGUCGGAGGUAGCGGUAUUGGUGCGCCUUGGGAGAUCAAGGAGAUGUUGCAGCUUGCGGCGGAUAAGAAGAUCAAGCCGUGGGUACAGAAGCGACCGAUGAAGGAGGCUAACAAGGCGGUUGUUGAUAUGGUGGAUGGAAAGGCUAGGUACAGGUAUGUUCUGGAGAACUAG